AUGGUAUUGUCAGCGCAACAACAACGAACCAUUAAACUCUUGACUGCCUUUUCCACUGUUGGUGUCACAGUGCAGGCAGUCUUCUUUUCCGAGUAUCACAUCGAGGGACACGAAGGCGAACCGCACAUAUUUUCUGGCAUUCAGCGGGACGCCCAAGACUGGGUGGAUCGCAAGAUUUACAACAUUGACACGAGCAAGUUAAAGGCCGAGUCGUUACAACAACAACAAAAACAAAGGACUCCCCCGAAGAGCUCAUGA